CCGCCCUAGUAUCGUUUCUAAAACGUGAACGCCCUGUCCCAAUACAGUUAAGAAACUAAAGACUUUAUACCACAUUUUAUAGUGCACUGGUUCAGGAUUGAGAACACCAGCCUUUUAGGCUACGUGGUUGGAAAUAUAAUGCCUCAACGUGUUGUUUUACAAGGUCCUGGGCCGUGGGGGUUCCGUCUGGUUGGGGGGAAAGAUUUCGAACAGCCCCUGACUAUCUCGAGGGUUACUCCAGGAAGUAAAGCUGCCCAGGCCGACCUUAGCAUUGGGGACAUGAUACUGGCAAUAGACGGAGAGCCAACAGAUGGCAUGACUCACCUGGAAGCACAGAAUAAAAUCAAAGGCUGCGUGGAGGAAAUGUUGCUUUCAAUUGACAGAUCUGAGUCAAAAAUGUGGUCACCACUGACCACAGAGGAAGGAAAGACCAAUCCAUACAAGAUGAAUCUGGCAAAUUCAGACACACAGGAGGUGAAACAUAUAGGCUCUGCUCAUAAUAGGAGUGCUAUGCCAUUCAAUUCUGGCAGUCCAAGGGUGGUCACCAACCAGUACAAUAAUCCUGCCGGCCUGUACUCCUCCAAAAACAUUAAGACUUUAAACAGUACAGUGGGUGAUAUCAAGACCUCUGCUGCGCCGAAUGAAUGCAGUAGGAACUCAGAUGCCUCAAGACCUGACCAGCCAAGACUUGUAUUACCUGCUGACUCUGAGGUGUACAAAAUGCUGCAGGACAAUCAAGAAUAUAAUGAGCCUCCUCGCCAGUCUGCUUCUUUUAAAGUUCUGCAAGAGAUCCUGGAAACUGAUGACUCCGAUAAACCUUCUGGCUUCAGGAGUGUAAAGGGCCCCACCACAAAAGUUGGAGCCUCAUUAGGGAAUGCCGAGAAGCUCUCAGUUUGUGACAAAUGCGGUUCAGGGAUUGUAGGAAUGAUGGUCAAAGUUCGAGCUAAGUUUCGCCACCCAGAGUGCUACGUCUGCACAGACUGCGGGAUCAACCUUAAGCAGAAAGGACACUUUUUUGUCGAUGACAAGAUUUACUGCGAGAAGCAUGCACGCGAACGUGCCACUCCUCCUGAGGGUUAUGAUGUCAUCACUGUCUUUCCAAAGUAGAAUGUUCCUCCAAUGCUGCUUUAAACUGCACUUUCCCUCAUGUAGGGAUUUCCAUAGGAAAUCUGUAACACUUUAUGUGGGUAGUCUUCUACUUAUGCUGCUUUGUUGCCAAAUUAAUGUGUAUAACAACUCUCACAUGCACCGUUAUUAGUGCAUGGAUUUCAAUGGGAAUUGGUGACAAUAAUCGGCACAUAUUAUUAUGUGAAUAUGGAGUCUGUCCAGGUGUGAAGUGCUAUUUGUUAUCAUACAUUUCAUUGUCUUUGUCAUUGCAUACAUAUAUCCUAGUAUAAAGGGCUCUCGUUAUUGGUGCUAGGGUACCUUAUAUGCUAGUAAAUGCUGCAUUAGUUAUAAGUUUUCAAUAAUGAAAUAUUGAAUGUAUGCAUAAGUCCUUAAGGUCGUAUUGCUCAUAUGCACAUCUGUAUGUAAAGUCUAUUCCAAGUACGUAUGUGCCCUCCUCCCUCCCUCAUGGAAACUGGUAAAAUAUCAUACACACCUUGCACGCAUUGCUACAUUUUGUGUGAAUUAUAUGAAGGUCAUCAUGCAUUUUCUUCUCUUACCAAAAUGAGUGUCUGGGGGAUUUGUUAUUAGUAAUUAUCAGUUUAACCCUAUGCCUUUGGCCUCUACUCUGAAACCUGUUUUUUAAACUGCAUCAGAUGUUUGUGCCUGUAAAAAAGGCUUGCAAAAAAGGAUCUCUGUUUUUCUGCAUCAGAUGAUUCAGAUAAACAUUCUGGCUACUUAAGGUCAUAUUUCUCAUAUGCAUAUCUGUAUGUAAAGUCCCCAUCCCCUAUGUAUGUGCCCAUCCCCUAUAUGUUUUAUGAAAAUAACUACUUCCUUUUUAGAGAAAUAAAAUGUUGCAUAUGUUGUUAA